AUGUCGAAGGCACAUCAACUAUUUGCCAAGAAGAGUAAAUGCAAGUUUGGUUGUGCUGAGAUCGAUUACUUGGGGCAUCUCAUUUCAGCCAAAGGAGUCAAAGCUGAUGGAAAGAAGUUGAUUGCUAUGGUGGAAUGGCCUAGACCUAAGUCCUUAAAGGCUUUGCGGGGUUUCCUAGGUCUUACAAGGUACUACCGCAAAUUUGUCAAGGGAUAUGGUUCCAUUGUAGCUCCCUUAACAGAUAUAUUAAAGAAGAAUGAUUUUUGUUGGAGUGAAAGGGCUAAAGAAGCUUUUAUAGAGCUUAAAAAGGCUGUGACUAAUCCUCCAGUACUCAUUCUACCAGAUUUUGGUCAACCUUUUCUGAUUGAAUGUGAUGCGUAUCGGAGCAGUUUUGAUGCAACAAUAAAGACCGAUAGCCUUUUUCAGCCAAGCUCUCAAGGGGAGAUUUUUGUCAAUCUCUACCUAUGA